CAAGGAGUUACUAGGUCACACCGCAGCUCAGUGCAAAUUUGUCAGUCUAAUUCUCGAUCGAGAUCACACUUCUUGAUGUUAUUUUCUCUUGCUGAAUGACAGUGACAUCUCACGAUUGCAAUGUUGGCUCAGUCUAAGAAAAAAAGAAUCUACGACGGCGACGAAGCACGGCAUCUUUUCGAAGCUCUUUAUUUUACAGAACCUGCAACAAGUGCUGAUGAUACUACGGUCGAGCAGCGUACAACAGGGCUUAGCCCUGACAGUGACACAUCUACUAGCCUUGACAGUUCCGACUCUGACACUGAGCUGAGUAUUGACGGUUUGACAUCGUCUCCGUGUUCGAGGACUACAACAAGCAACGUUGCCAACGAUUCACAAGGCAAUGCCGGUGUUAAAAACAAGGUGAGACUUGAAGUUUUCAGUGAAAACGGCUCUACAGCACGAGCGGAGAAGGCACAUCCUCCAAGAGAUGAGCCCCAAACAAGUGAAGCAGAACUUGAAGCAAAUGAACCUAACUCUGGAGAUUGCUCAUUCACAGAAGUAGAUUUGCCCAUUAGCGAGUCAGAUUGUUACCUUUCUGAAGUCGAUGUUACUUACAAAGUACUAGGUAGAGACCCUGAAGGAGGAGCUAUAUCAGAGAUUGAUUUACAGAAUGCUACAGAUGAACCUAACUCUGUAGAUUGCUCAUUCACAGAAGUAGAUUUGCCCAUUAGCGAGUCAGAUUGUUACCUUUCUGAAGUCGAUGUUACUUUCAAAGUACCAGAUGAACCUAACUCUGUAGAUUGCUCAUUCACAGAAGUAGAUUUGCCCAUUAGCGAGUCAGAUUGUUACCUUUCUGAAGUCGAUGUUACUUUCAAAGUACAUGUACCAGGUAGUGACCCUGAAGGAGGAGCUAUAUCAGAGAUUGAUUUACAGGAUGCUACAGAUGAACCUAACUCUGGAGAUUGCUCAUUCACAGAAGUAGAUUUGCCCAUUAGCGAGUCAGAUUGUUACCUUUCUGAAGUCGAUGUUACUUACAAAGUACUAGGUAGUGACCCUGAAGGAGGAGCUAUAUCAGAGAUUGAUUUACAGGAUGCUACAGAUGAACCUAACUCUGGAGAUUGCUCAUUCACAGAAGUAGAUUUGCCCAUUAGCGAGUCAGAUUGUUACCUUUCUGAAGUCGAUGUUACUUACAAAGUACUAGGUAGAGACCCUGAAGGAGGAGCUAUAUCAGAGAUUGAUUUACAGAAUGCUACAGAUGAACCUAACUCUGUAGAUUGCUCAUUCACAGAAGUAGAUUUGCCCAUUAGCGAGUCAGAUUGUUACCUUUCUGAAGUCGAUGUUACUUUCAAAGUACCAGAUGAACCUAACUCUGUAGAUUGCUCAUUCACAGAAGUAGAUUUGCCCAUUAGCGAGUCAGAUUGUUACCUUUCUGAAGUCGAUGUUACUUUCAAAGUACAUGUACCAGGUAGUGACCCUGAAGGAGGAGCUAUAUCAGAGAUUGAUUUACAGGAUGCUACAGAUGAACCUAACUCUGGAGAUUGCUCAUUCACAGAAGUAGAUUUGCCCAUUAGCGAGUCAGAUUGUUACCUUUCUGAAGUCGAUGUUACUUACAAAGUACUAGGUAGUGACCCUGAAGGAGGAGCUAUAUCAGAGAUUGAUUUACAGGAUGCUACAGCUCUACGUGGGAGGAAACGCACUCGUGUUCAUUUUAUUGAUGGCAGUUCAGAUUCAUCUUGCGCCAGUAUUGUUUCAUCCAGUGUUAAGAGAAGAAAGGAAAACAAUUCCAGUCGGGAGCUAUCAUCUAUUCUACGAAUGAAAUGCUGCAGAAAUUACUGCCUGCACAAGGUGUCACGAAAAGAGGUAGCAUACAGCAGAAAUGCCUUCCAGGAGAAAUCCAAAUGUGAGCAAAGGCAGUGGAUCUUGCAGUACCUCCUCGAACAUCAUGAAGAGUCUGGGAAUACAGUUCAAGUCCGCUUCAGUAUUGGGGUGACAGAAGUUUGUCAGCGUGGUUGGCGUUUAGCCUUAGGAAUCCCCAGAACAAGGCUUUGGCAGAUCCAGUCUCAUUUCCAAGGUGGACUAAAGGCAUACAUAUCCCCAAAUCAUCACAGACGAGGAAUGCAGUCAAAAGCAGUGGCUGCAGCAUUGAUGUGGCUGGAUAUGUUUUGUCGCAGAUUUGGCGACAAAAUGCCAGGACAAAUGAAAAUACACUUGCCAUCCUGCCUAACACGAGCCAGCGUGUAUCAGACAAUGAAAGAAGAAAUGGAGGAUCAUGGGGAGCACGUUUGCAGCAAAGUCCAUUUCUUCCGCAUGUGGAGGAAGGAAAUGUCACAUGUGACCAUUCCAAAGGUGAAUAGAUUUUCAAAAUGCGAUGUCUGUACUCAGCUGAAGCAAAGCAUCGAAAAAACUAAUGAAAAAGAAGCGAGGCAAGCACUCCAUCAACAAAGAGAGGAUCAUCUUACACUGCAAAAAACUGAGAGAAUGAAAUACUACAAACAUGCACAAAAAGCAAGACAACAUCCAGACAAGUAUAUCAGCAUCAUUAUUGAUGGAAUGGACCAGAAAUCAACAAGUAUUCCCAAAUUUUACAGAACAUCCAAAUCAGUAUCAUCAGCAUGGAAACUUCCAACACACAUCACCGGAACGAUAGUGCAUGGGAGGGGACAACACAUGUUCCUUGACAACAAAGAAUACCCACAUGAUUCGAACCUUACCGCAACGAUCCUUCUCCAGGUUCUUCAUAAAUAUUCCACCACGCUACCAGACACAUUAUACCUUCAAAUGGAUAACUGUGGGAGGGAGAACAAGAAUCAGUGUCUCCUUGGACUCUGUGCUCUUCUAGUGGAACUCGACGUGUUCAAAAAGGUAAAACUGUGCUUUUUGAUGAAGGGGCACACACACGAAGACAUCGAUCAGCUAUUUAGCCGCAUAUCCACAUAUACAUCUAAGCAUAACAUUCCUACGCUGUCUUCACUACUACACCACAUUCCAAAAUCAUUCAACAAGCCGAAUACCACUGCGGAACGAAUCGAAACCAUCUUCAACAUCAGGGACUGGCUACAGACACAAUUAAACAAACCAUCACACCAUAGCCUUCCACACCAAUUUAAGAUCACCAAAGUCGAGGGAAAGGCCAUAAUCCAGACCAAAAAAUGGAGCAACAGCUCUGCAUGGCAAGCAACGACUGGUUCAAGCCACAUCCUGUCGGAACAUCCCUCCGGUACACCAGAUGUUGUCUGCAGAAAGAUGGAGGAACUCCACGUCAACAACCUCUAUAGAGACAUGGCCAAGUACCUACCGUACCUCAAUGACUCGGAACAUCAAGAAUGGAUGGAGCUGCUCCAUUCUUUCGAAGCAGAAGAUGGAACGGAAGAUUCACGUACAUGGCCCCUGGUGGAUAUAUUGAUGGAUAAAGAGUCUCAGUCCACACCACAAAGGGAUCUUCAUUCAACUCCAGAAUUCUCGAAUGAUGAACAGCAACCUAUUCAAGCAGUCCAGCUAGGUCCUAAAAGGAAGAGGCCUCUACAGCCAGUAUUAAAACUGGGAGAUAUGGUUGGGGUCUACUUAGAAGAGUUUAGAAACGAAUGGCCACAAGUGGGCCAAGUGUUGGACAUAACUGGAGACCAUGUGAAACUGCAUUGGUACUCGGGAUCAGAAACAUCCGUGUGGACAUCACUCACCACAUCAGUGCAGGGACGAAGGGAUCAGCCUUACACAGGAGAAGUCUCUCUUCAAGAUGUCUUAACUGCACCCUUCAACCUUACUAAAGCCAACAAAUUACCGGUGGAAAUUCAGCGUCACUUGAAGGAGAAAGGAGAACAGUAUUUUGUUCUACAGUAGGCUUGCGGGUGCAUCAUGUGAGAGAGAGAGGAUUGAGGAGUCCUCAAUGUUCAUUAGGCCUAUAUGAAUAUUCACCAAGUACUCAAAGAUGAUGCUAAGUUUGAUUGUGGUGUACACUAAAAUCUGACAGGAACAACUUACACUUCCCUUCAUAUAUUUGGUUAUUUCAUGCUUGGUGAAGCAAGCUCAUGUUUAUGUAACCCACUGGCUUAUGAAACCUGCUAACUUGUGUAUUAAGCCUAGGUAGGUACAUAUGUUAACUGUCACGACUGACGGGUCGUGACUUUCACGAUUUGUCUCUAUCUCUCGCUAUUCUGUACAUAGUGGGUAAUGGAAAAUUAAGUAAAGGUUUUAUACGAUCUAUCCUUCUGGCCUUUGGUCUUCCACUCUUUCUUGACCCUUCAAUUGACCCUGCAAUAUAACCUUCUGUAAAAAAUUGGCCUACCACCUGGCAAUACGCCCAAAGUACCCAAAGGGCCUGGCGAUUGACAAGGUCUAUAAGCUGACGCUUUCAUUUGUUCUUCUUGCAGUCCAGGGAAUUGUUAGCAUUUUUUACCAGCACCAAAGCUCAAAAGCAGAAAUGCAGCUUUUGUUAAAGCCCAAUGCCAAUUUUGGUAGUCCUUUGAAAAUGGUUUGUUAGAGUUCCUUGUUUUCAGCUGGUCAGUGGCAAGACAAAAGCAAAACUAAGGUAAUGAGAAGUUUUUUCCUCCUCAAGUUGAAUAUUGAACAAAUGAAUGAGAGGCGAAAUAUAAUAUUUGUCCUGUCCAAAAGAAUAAAACCGGUCACACAGCCUGCACACAUACACGUGUAAAACCAAAUGAGGAUAAAUUCAUCUUUGUUAACACAGUUAAAAGGUAUUUUUUCCCUUUUGCAGCGAACCUCAAAUUCUGUAGAAUUUUGCAGGAAUUAUGAAUAUGUCAUGUAUGUCCUAUCUGUGAAAUUUAAAUG